CUUACUUUCAACUCAACCGAAUCGAAGAAGAAAAAGCAUAAUUCAAGAAAUCUUGUUGAUCCGAUCUGAAAUCGAAUUAAUUGAAAUCUGGUCCCGAAUCUUUGUUUCGACGAUCAAAAAGACCACUCGGAUUGAAACCGAUCAAAGUAGAUUAAGUCAAGAUUUCAGGUUUCGGCAGGUAGAUUGGUGGUAGAAGAAUCGAUUGAAAAGAUUUGUGUGAUGUUAAGAUCACAACUUAGAGAUAAAGGGGAUAAAGGGAAUGAUAGGUUGGAUCAGAUGGCUAGGUUGACUAGAGGAGUUUGGAGCUUGGCGUUUGGGAGGAAAGGGGUGGCGAAGGAAGUGGGAAAUGAAUUGGUUAUGGAAAAAGAAAAUGGCAGUCAGGAUGGGGAUCAGGAUGGGGUGUUGGGAUCGGUUGAGGCUUAUGUUGAGUUGAUUAUGAAGACUGAAGCGAAAGAUCAAAAGAAAUGGUUCAAGAAGAAGAAGCAGCGGGAAGAAUGUAUAUUGAAAGAAGAAGAAGAAAUGAAGAUUUGUACGGUGGAUAGGUUGGCUUGUUUGACCAUUAAAUGGUUAACGAUUCGUAGGAUGCAUUUACUAAAAACAGUCUUACCACAUCAACCUUGGUAUUCUUCUUCUUCCUCUUCUUCUUCUUUUGAGAAAGAAGAAAUGAUUGAAAGAGUUGAAGAAAUGAAAAGCUUGAUGAUCGGAUUAGAGCUCGAAUUGAAUGGUGAAUUGAAUGGAUUAUCGACUAAACAAUCGGAUGAAUCGAUUUCUAAUGGGGAAAGUAAAGAGUAUGAUUUGGGUAUGGCUUUGAAGGAUUGUGGGGUAUCUGUGGAGAUUAUUGAGGGGUUUUUGUAGAUGGAUUUUUUGGGUUUUUUUUGGAAUGGGAAGACGAAAAAGGAAAAGGGGAAAAGGGAAACGGGGAAACGGGAAACGGGGAAACGGGUUUGGCGGGUUUCCUCUUCUGUGUUUUUUUGGGUUUGUUUGUUUUUGGUUUUGGGUGCGGGUGCGGGUUUUUUGGUUUUGGUUUUGGUUCUUGAGAUUGGUUUGGGUUUUUUUGAAAAAAAGUUAAUGAGUUGAUAAUAAUAGAUCAAGUAGUAAAUCAAGUAGUAAAUCAAAUAGUAAAUCAAAUAGUAAAUCAAAUAGUAAAUCAAAUAGUAAAUCAAAUAGUAAAUCAUCUGUGUGUGUGGUGUUUUUUUGUCUUAUUUAUUGAUAUCCAAAAAGAAAGAAAAGAAAAAAUCCACCAAAAAAUAUUAUAUAUUUCAAAAAAAUCUAAAAAAAAAAAUCCAAAAAAAUGUUAUUUUUCUUCUUUGUUUGUUUGAGUUUUUGUUUGUUUUUGUGUUUUUUGUGUGUUUUUGUUUGUUUUUUGUGUGUUUUUGUAAAAUGAAUGAAAGAUGUGGUUAUG